AUGCCGUUGAAGGCAAUUCUUGGGGAAGUGAAACACAAGUGGGGUGUUGAUGUUAAUAAUUGCCAAUUGUAUAGGGCUAGAAGAAUUGCAAAGAAAAUGUUUCAGGGCAAAGUAAAGCUGCAAUACAAUAAGCUUUGGGAUUAUUGUGAAACCAUUAGACAAGCGAAUCGGGGUAGUUGUGUGAUGAUGAAGGUUGAUAGACCUUUACCUGACCAUCCAGCAUGUUUCCAAAGGUUGUAUUUCUCAUUGGCUGCCAUGAAGAAAGGUUUUCGAGCUGGUUGUAGGCCUAUCAUUGAGUUGAAUAGAUGCUUUUUGAAGGGGACUUAUAAGGGACAACUUUUGUCGGCCAUUUCGACAGAUGACAAUAAUAACAUGUACCCAGUAGCUCUUGUAGUUGUUGAGGCAAAAACCAAAGACAGUUGGAUAUGGUUUCUUGAGACUUUGGUCUCAGAUCUUGGCACCCCCCCUGCACAAGGAUGGACAUUUAUUUCUGAUCGUCAAAAGGGGCUACAACCAGCGUUUGACGUGGUGCUUCCUAGGGGUGACCAUCGGUUUUGUGUGAGGCAUUUGUAUGCGAACUACAGAGACGCAGGGCAUCGUGGUCUUGCAUUGAAGGACAAGUUAUGGGCUGCGGCUGCAGCAUACACUGAAGCUGAAUUCCAUAAGGAAAUUGAUGAAUUGAAGCAUAUAAGCGAGGAUGCAUACAACUACUUGUCAAAUGUUGACCCAAGCUUAUGGUCCAGGGCUUGGUUCAAUAUAUUCCCGAGGUGUGAUCUACUUGUCAACAACCUUUGUGAGUGCUUCAAUGCUUACAUCCUGAAUGCGCGUGACCUGCCGAUCAUAUCCAUGCUGGAAUUCAUAAGGAAGAAGUUGAUGAAGAGAGAUCAAGUGAAGAAGGAUGGCAUCCGCACCAUGACUGGUAGGCUAUGUCCAAGGGUUGUUGCCAAAUUGGACGAAAUUGGACAGUGGGACAUGACAGGAAUCCCCUGUGCAUAUGCAAUGUCUGCAAUUUGGUUUUUUAAUGCAAACCCCAAGGAUUACGUAGAUGAUUGGUAUACUAUUGAGAUGUAUAAAAAGGCCUAUGAUGACAUUGUGUAUCCAAUGCCUGGAGAGGACCAAUGGGUGAAGACUAACUACGACCAAGUGGACCCCCUAGAAGUAGAAUACAAUCAGGGAGGCCCAGAAAAGUAA